AUGAAAAAGGCAGAAGGCAACAUCUCUGUGGUGAAACAGUUUGUCCUACUGGGGUUUUCUGACCUUUCAAAUCUCCAAGGGUUUCUGUUUGGAGUGUUUACCAUCAUUUACAUGGUUAUUAUAAUUGGAAAUAGCCUUAUAAUAAUAUUAACUAUACUUGAUCCUGCAUUACAUAAACCUAUGUAUUUUUACCUGGCAAAUUUUUCUUUUUUGGAAAUCUGUUAUGUGUCUGUCAUUCUCCCAAGGAUGCUGGUCAAUCUUUGGACUCAGGAUAGGAACAUUACUUUUCUUGAAUGUGCCACCCAAAUGUGCUUCUUUCUUGUGCUGGGGACCAGUGAAUGUUUCCUCCUGACUGUGAUGGCUUAUGACCGUUAUGUGGCCAUUUGUAACCCCCUGCAUUAUCCUGUAGUUAUGAACCAAAAGUUAUGUAUCCAGCUAGCACUUGGCUCAUGGACCAUCGGAAUCCCAGUUCAGAUAGGAUUAACUGCUCAGAUAUUCUCUCUCAAUUUUUGCAGUUCAAAUGACAUUAACCAUUUCUUCUGCGACAGCCUCCCUGUGAUCAGAGUGGCCUGCGGGGACAUUUCUCGUCAUGAGAUGUUCAUCUAUGUAGAAGCUAUGGUGAUCAUUGCAAUCCCUUUUCUGUUGAUUCUUGUUUCCUACAGUAAAAUCAUUACCACCAUUCUGAAGUUGCCAACAGCCUCAGAAAGAGUGAAAGGCUUCUCCACUUGCUCGUCUCACCUUCUGGUGGUGAUAUUGUUUUUCGGAUCUGGUGCCAUAGCAUAUUUGAGACCUAAAUCCAGUCAUUCUUCAGGGAUAGACAAGCUACUUUCUCUUUUCUACACUGUUGUGACUCCCAUGUUUAAUCCCAUGAUAUACAGUCUCAGAAACAAGGAUGUUUACAGUGCACUGAGAAAAUUAUUGCUUAAGAAAUAG